AUGGCGAUACUUUGCCUCUUGUCAUUCAUUGCCCUCUUAGGCACAACAUAUGGAUGUGGCAGGCCAGCCAUCCAGCCAGUACUCACUGGAUAUUCCAGAAUUGUAAAUGGGGAAGAAGCUAUUCCAGGAUCCUGGCCAUGGCAGGUCUCCCUCCAGGACAGGACUGGAUUUCACUUCUGUGGUGGAUCCCUUAUCAGUGCUAACUGGGUGGUAACUGCUGCUCAUUGUGGUGUCAGGACUACACAUAAGGUUAUUUUAGGGGAAUUUGACCAGGCUUCAUCUAAUGAAAAUAUUCAAGUUAAAGACAUUGCCAAGGUCUUCAAGCACCCACAGUACAGCGCUUUCACUAUAAAAAAUGACAUUACACUGAUCAAACUGUCUUCCCCCGUUACUGUCCAACCACAAGUGUCUCCUGUUUGUGUGGCAGCGGGUACUGACAACUUUGAAGGUGGUUUGAGGUGUGUCACCACAGGAUGGGGGCUGACGGACUCCUCAGCAAACGAUACCCCGGCUAGACUGCAACAGGUAGCGCUGCCUCUCCUCACUAACACUGAAUGCAAGAAAUAUUGGGGUAACAAGAUCUACGAUGUCAUGAUCUGCGCUGGAGCUGAUGGAGCAUCCUCCUGCAUGGGUGACUCUGGCGGGCCUCUUGUUUGUCAGAAGAAUGACAGCUGGACUUUGGUUGGAAUAGUAUCCUGGGGAAGUGGCACCUGCUCUCCUUCAUCUCCUGGGGUCUAUGCUCGGGUCACUGAACUCAGAAACUUCAUUGACCAAACAGUUGCUGCCAACUAG